AAAGCCCGAGAACGGGGGGCCAAGAUAGUGUGGGAGCCCUGGGUGGAGGAAGACAAGUUUGGGAAGGUGAAGUUUGCUGUGCUACAGACGUGCUGUCCUUUUCCUAGGCCCAAGUGUGGUCUCGAGAUCAUCGAUCAUGUUGUAGGAAAUCAGCCUGAUCAGGAGAUGUUAUCUGCCUCAGAAUGGUACCUGAGGAACCUACAGUUCCACCGCUUCUGGUCUGUGGAUGACACACAAGUGCACACAGAGUACAGCUCUCUGCGCUCCAUUGUGGUGACCAACUAUGAGGAGACCAUCAAGAUGCCCAUUAAUGAGCCCGCAAUGGGCAGGAAGAAGUCCUCUAUCCAGGAAUAUGUGGACUAUAAUGGGGGAGCUGGAGUCCAGCACGUCGGUCUCAAGACCCAGGACAUCAUCACAGCGAUUCGCAACUUGCAAGAGAGAGGCAUGGAGUUCCUGACUGUACCAUCAACCUACUACAAGCUACUUCGGGAGAAUCUCAAGACAGCCAAGAUCCAGGUGAAGGAGAGCAUUGACGUGCUGGAGGAGCUGCAAAUCCUGAUGGAUUAUGCCGAGAAAGGCUACAUCCUUCAGAUCUUCACCAAACCUAUGCAGGACAGGCCUACACUCUUCCUGGAAGUCAUCCAGCGCCACAACCACCAGGGUUUUGGAGCAGGCAACUUCAACUCACUGUUCAAGGCUUUGGAGGAUGCGCAGGCGAUCCGAGGCAACCUCACCGAUUUGUAG